CCCAUGAUGAAGUGAGCUCUGUUUUCUUCUUGGAGUCAGACUCCUCCCUCUCACACUCCUGGCAGUAGGAAAUUACUUGAUUUUCCCCAGGAAAUCACAUGGAGGUGCAGAUGUACUCACAUGACAGUGUGAGCGAUGGAAGGGGAGCUCAAUGAAGGAUCGGUCCCUCCUUAUUAUAGAGAAGUGCAUCAAGCUCUCUGUAGUAGGACAGACGAACGGGUGUCAAUCAAUGUCUUCCAAAGACUCCUCAACAGGACUGAUCUCUCUGUCUCUGUACAGAACCAGAUAACAGAGCAUGUAGAUAACGGAGAUGGCUUUCUAAGUAAGGUGUCUCUCUAUAAAGCCCUGGCUCUGAUUGCGCUUGCUCAACAAGGCAAGCAGCCGAGCCCCAAACUCUUGGAGAACUGCAUACGAGAGUUCCCUAAACCCCAGCUGGGAGACCCAAAGGAUCUGCAGACCCUGAGAACACCUCCAGCUCAGGAGAACCAUCUUCUCAUGUCUCUGUCGCUGGCCAACCUGCUGAGCAAAGACACCAUAAAGGUGGAGCUCAUCCCUGAGAAGAAAGGCCUGUUUCUCAAACAUGUGGAAUAUCAGGUCACUAGCGAGCGCUUCAAAAUUUCCGUCUAUCGGCGUUACAGCGACUUCGAUGUCUUCCAUGAGCUUUUGCUACAGAGGUAUGCCUACAGAAUGGUGCCUGCCCUGCCACCCAAAAGAGUGCUUAAAGGAGUAUUGAAGUCAAUGUCAGAGAGAGAGUUCAUCGAAGGACGGCGGCGUGGUCUGGCCAGAUUUUUGAACCUCGUUUCAAGACAUCCCUUUAUCUCAGAGGACGAGCUUGUUAAAUUAUUCCUCACAUUCAGUGGCUCGGAUAUCCAAAUAAAGCUACGGGACGCAUUUAAGAAACUGGGAGACGAGUUUAUGACAUAUACAUACGCAACACAAGCCAAGGAAUAUAUUCCUUCGGAUAUCCAGGCCCUGUUCACUUUGUGCCGAGAGCUGAUCAGAAACAUCCACAAUAGCUUUCUGAGGCUGCGGGACCGAGCGGAGAGAAUGGCGGAACGUUCAAAGGAAAACGCCACAGAUCUGCUCAUGUUCGGGACGGAGCUUAGUACACUGGGAUGUGAUCCCUCACCCGUGCCUGUCCUGGACUCCUCUAAGAGCAUGUGGGCUGAUUUGAGACUCUCUCUCCGUGGGUUUUCCUCUGAAUUCUCGGUGUUAUCAGACAAAGCUGCUCAACAGGGAAGAAGAGAAGAGGAUGAUGUGGUGGAAAAACUGAACUUCUUCCUGGAUUUGCUGCAGUCGUACAGGGACUUGUGUGAGCGUCAUGAGAAGGGCGUCCUGCACGAGCACCAGAAGGCCCUUCAGAAGUACAGCGUGAUGAAGAGACAGAUGAUGAGUGCAGCUGUGCAGCCAAAAGAACAGGUGUCUGUAGAACAGCUGGAGUCCCGCAUCAUUCAGCAGGAGAAUGCGAUCCAGACGAUGGAGCUACGAAACUACUUUUCCUUGUUCUGUGUGCAUCAGGAAAGUCAGCUGAUCUUUGCCUACCUUCCCAUCACCUCACACAUCCUAGGGGCAUUCGUCAAUUCACAAGUGCAGAGUCACCGAGAGAUGGGCCAGGUUUGGAACAAUCUUCAGUCCAAGCUGAGUGGACUUUUUGCAGACAGUAAUGGAUGUCAGUCUCCUCCUCUCACGCCAAAAUAGCCUAGAUGUGGUGCAGAGAAGAAGGAAAUGGAAACGCUGCGCUGCCAGAUCUGCUUCAAGGCACUUUUCUUUCCUUCAUGGCUCUCUCUCUCUCUCGUUCUCUCUCUCUCUUUGAGUUACUUUCUCUACUUCUUCUCAUUGUAUUGAUCUUUGAUCAUUAGCGCUUCAUGCUUGAUCACAAAAUGACAGCAACAUAUUUUGUAUAAAAUUAAUAUCUUUGUAAGGUAGCGUAAAUGAAAAGGAUCUUUUUUUAACGUAGUCCUGAAUGCUUAGCCUAGAUGUGCUUGCUAUAUAGGUCAUUAUAAGCUACUUACUUAUAAGCUAAUUGCUAACUUCACUUUUGUACAUAAUCAUACUCUGUAUAAUACGUUUACAGCCAGAGGAUGGCAGUAUUGCUCUUCUUCUUCUUUUUUUUUUCUUUUUAAGUCUGUGUCCACUAAGAUGCAGGUUAUAUCUCCAUGUAGUGUAUAUCUGCAAAACCUUUGAAGAGAACUAAGUUUUUAAUAGUGGCAUAGUGUCAAAAUUACUACUAUAAUCCUUUCUGUGCUAAACAAACCAGAGCUUCGACUAGCUCUAUUUUAUUUCAUAGUUGCAAAGUCUGAGCCCAAAAUCUAGAGUACAUAAAAGGGCCAUUGACACUGUGCUUAACCCUUAGCUGUUGUCACACUAAACACUGCCUUUAAAACCCCAGGUGGAGGAACAUUUUACACGUGUAAUUUAGAAGCGGGGUUAGGAUUGCUUUUUACCCGGGGUUAUAAAACCCUGUACGGAAGCUUUUGAAACUUUAACUAUACAUUGUGGUGCUGAACAUGUUCAGAGUGGAAUGACGUGGUGUUAAAAUCGUAUUUUUAGAUGCUUAGCGACAGACAUAGAAUCAGAAACUGAACAGGACGUGCCUCAUAUCACGUGAAAAUCAACAUAAAAACGAGUCAGGAGGAAAAACACAGAACGUCAUGGAAGUGUGCAUCGUAGUGAGAAGGAAAUACGUCAUGCUGACAAAUUUGCAGAAGUUGGAUAUCAAGGACAAUUACACAAACUUAAAAAGAGCUGAAAAGUUCAGAAAGCUGUGAAAGACAACAAAACCUGCUCAUGUGCAGAACAGCAGACCUGCGAUUUCACUGGAUUUAUCCAAACAGGAUUGUUGAUAAUGCACAUACAGUAUGCAUAGGAGACAGUUUAGGAAUGUAGUGUGAAUUAUAAAGAGUCAGGACUCGGUGUUAACCCCGGGUAAAGUAGGAGCAGUGUCAAACCUCCCAAUACACAACCCAGGAUUCUGUUUAUCUGGAGUUUAUAACCACCCAGGGUAAUAUUUCACGUGUGAAAGCCCAAAAAAUCGACAUUAAUGAUGUGCAUAACAGAACAGGAAACUGACAUCUGAAGAACAAACCAAAGAUUGUUUCAGAUUGUUUUUUUUAAAGCAGAAAGAAAUGUCAAAAUUCAUAGUAGUAGUAUGUCUCAGGUGAAAAUAUGAAGCAAACUGAAAGAAACAAAUUGAUAUUAAAUCUUUAUUAACUUAUAUAAUAUAGAUAUUCUAUACCAGUAGUUUCACUCGUAUAUUAUCCAACAGAUCGUGCGUGUGUGUGUGUGUGCGUGCAUGUGUGUGUUAUACUGGUGUGGUCUUUUAUCAUCCAGUAUCCUGAUUUGUUCAGCCAUGCUUUUUACAUUUUGUAUAAAUUCAACAUUUGUGCAUAAGAACUAUUUUGGAUGAUUUUAUAUAAUCAUCCAUUUUAUUUGCUCAUCACUUGUAUUUGCUUGAUGGAUCGAGCACGUGCAGCAGUCUGCCCACUACUGGCAUUAUGGCAAAUUACAGCUUUCAUUUCUUUUAGAGUGCACGCACACGUUUAUUCAACUGCAUCUGUUUUUCCUCGUGUUGUUAUAUGUACAUUUUUGCUAAUCUACAAUAAAGCAGGAGAUUUAAACGA